ACAUGCGUUUGUAAAUCGGAACCCAAAAGGGAUAUUCAAAUCGGAAUUGAGGUAUACAAGUCUCCACUCUUGCGAACGCCGGCGACUACCUGAUCAGGACGUUUUCUCGAAUUCGUUGAUUUUGUGUGCAAAGUGUUCUGGUUUGUUAGUGUCAGGAUGGAAGUUGCCGAUGCGCCAAUCCGAGUUCAGUCGAUUGCCCAAGAGGAUCGAAAAGUAGUGGUGCCGCCGGAGUACAUACAACCACCGGAGAACCGACCUAGCAAACUUGGUAACGGGAACGCCACUGAUCAUAAGAUCCCCAUGAUAGACCUUGGCGGUGACAAGGAUGUGAACCUUCUGUGUGAGGAGAUUGGGCGAGCCUGCAGAGAGUGGGGCGCCUUUCACGUGGCUAACCAUGGUGUUCCUAUCGCAUUGCUGGAUGAAAUAAGGAAAGCUGGUACCUCCUUCUUUGAAGAGCUGCCCAUGGCGGAAAAGCUUCGUUACUCGUGUGAUCCUAAUUCUCCUGCUUCUGAAGGCUACGGAAGUCGCAUGCUAGUUGCAUCUGACGAUGCCGUCUUAGAUUGGAGAGAUUUCUUUGAUCAUCACACUUUCCCUCUUUCUCGGCGUCAUCUUUCUCGAUGGCCCCAUUCCCCUCCUAAUUACAGGGAAGUUAUUGCAGAGUACAGUGAUCAAAUGAAGGUCCUUGCUGAGAAGCUCUUGGGCUUAAUCUCAACUAGCUUAGGCUUAUCAUCUUCCUUCAUCGAAGAGGCCAUGGGGGAAUUGUACCAAAACAUCACUAUCAGUUAUUACCCGUCAUGCCCUCAGCCUGAACUUACCCUUGGCUUGCAAUCUCACUCCGAUAUGGGUUUCAUCACCCUUCUCAUCCAAGACAAGGUUGCAGGUCUUCAAGUAUCCAAGGAUGGUGAAUGGGUUACUGUUGAUCCUGUAUCUCAUGCCAUCUUAGUGAUUUUGGGUGAUCAAACAGAGAUCAUAACAAAUGGAAUUUACAAGAGUUCUCAGCAUCGGGCCAUAACAAAUGCCAAUAGAGCAAGGCUUUCGGUUGCUACAUUCCAUGACCCUGCCAAGACAAUGUCGGUAUCACCGGCGUUCAAGCCUCCUCGAUAUCGUCAAGUUAUAUAUGGUGACUAUGUUUCCUCGUGGUACACGAAAGGCCCAAAUGGAAAAAGGAAUAUCGACGCUCUCCUCAUUUAAUUUGCCUCUGGAAAUGGUUAUAACAACUGUUUUUUCAUGUUAAAAUAUAGGGCUUCGGCUUUUUUGUGCAUCUCAUUUGUAGAUAAGUCGACUUUGAACUUUUCCUUCUUGGUUCCUGUCAUUCCAUGUCGAAAUGAUUUUAUGGAACACGAUAUAAAGUUUCAUACGAUAUUGUUGAAUGUCUCAAAGGGUGUGGAUUACGUUGUUUGUUUA